GUCCAGAGUCUGUGGCCUCUCUAGGUAGUCGCUGAGACCAACUGGAGGCCACACACAGCAGAAGUUCCUUGUUUUCCAGGGGCCUGUGAUGGCCAUCGCAACAUCUGAAGCCAUGGCCGGUGGGGAGGAAAGGCCGAGGAGCUGUAUGGUAUGCGGGGACCGAGCCACAGGCUAUCAUUUCCAUGCCCUGACCUGUGAGGGCUGCAAAGGCUUCUUCAGACGAGCAGCCAGCAAAAGCACUGAUCUCACCUGCCCCUUUGCUGGAAGCUGUAAGGUCAACAAGGCCCAGAGACGCCACUGCCCAGCCUGCAGGUUGCAGAAGUGCCUAGAAGCUGGCAUGAAGAAGGAAAUGAUCCUGUCGGCGGAAGCGCUGGCAGCGCGGCGAGCGAAGCAGGCCCAGCGGCGGGCACAGCAAGCGCCGGCACAGCUGAGCAAGGCGCAGCAAGAGCUGGUCCAGACUCUCCUGGGGGCCCACACCCGCCACGUGGGCACCAUGUUUGACCAGUUCGUGCAGUUCAGGCCUCCAGCUCAUCUGUUCACCCACCACCAGCGCCUGCCCAUCACGGUCCCCGUACUGCCUCUGCUCAUGCACUUCGCAGAGGUCAACACUUUCAUGGUACAGCAAGUCAUCAAGUUCACCAAGGACCUGCCCCUCUUCCGGUCCCUGCCCAUGGAGGACCAGAUCUCCCUUCUCAAGGGAGCAGCGGUCGAAAUCUGUCAUAUCGCACUCAAUACCACUUUCUGUCUCCAAACACAAAACUUCUUCUGUGGGCCACUCCGCUACACGCUGGAAGACGGCGUCCACGCGGGGUUCCAGGAAGAGUUUUUAGAGCUGCUCUUCCGCUUCCAUGCGACACUGAGGCGACUCCAGCUCCAGGAGCCCGAGUAUGUGCUCAUGGCUGCCAUGGCCCUCUUCUCUCCCGACAGGCCUGGGGUUACCCAGAGGGAGGAGAUCGAUCGUCUGCAAGAGGUGAUGGCGCUGACUCUGCACGGCUACAUCAAGGGCCAGCCGCCCAGGCCUGGGGAUAGGUUUCGGUAUGCGAAGCUGCUGGGCCUGUUGGCUGAGCUCCGGAGCAUUAACAACGCGUAUGGGUACCAAAUCCAACACAUCCAGGGACUGUCCGCCAUGAUGCCACUGCUCCAGGAGAUCUGCAGCUGAGGCCCCA